AUAUAUUUUAAAAACCCAAUCAACCAUAUUCGAAAUCUUUAGGUCUUCAUAAACGACGCCGUGUAGUUUAAAUGCCAACGAGUCGUUUCAGUCUAUGACAUAAAACGACGCCGUGUAACUUUGGACGCCAACGCCGUCGUUUUAUCACGCAGCGGGAAAUAUCCAGGCCCAAAUCUUCGUCGUCCUGUGAAUCAAAUUGGACGGAAUAAUCCAAUCGGAACCGCCGAUACUGUGCUGAAACCGAGAUGGAGAAAUCGGAAGAGGAACUGAUACGAAGAUCAGAGCCGGAGUCGUUGGUCUCCGUCACUGUAGGCAGGUUCAUGAGCACGCUUCUCACGGCACGCCCUAAAAAGCUACGCGAGUCUAUCUCCCGUCUCUCUCUCGAUUCUCAAAAAGGCUCGUCAGGCUCCGUCGACGAGGCACUCUGGUUUUUGCAAAAGUCCGUUAAAGACGCUGCUGAGACUGAGAGAGACGAAGCCAUGGAUGAGCUCCUUGUACCAAUCAUCGAACAUACGUUAAGGUUUAAGGAUGUUAAGCACAGUAGCAGCCCAGCUAUGAUUCUUCUAAACUGGCUGUUUCAAGAUGAGCUUCUCUUUCUAGGCGUCUCGAGGAAUCUUUCUCAAAUCAUUUCGAGGAACGAGGACAGGUUCUUAGCGCUUGGAUGGUGUUUGCUUAUCCGUAGUCUUGUGGAGUCCGAGGAUACUGGGGAUCAAGGUUUUUGGAACGGGAUUAGGGAGAAACAUUCGAUGUUUGUGGAGAUUGUUUCGUCUUGUGUGCCUCACUUGUUGAUCAUUGUACGCAAAGGAAGUGUUUUGCAGGAUGGAUAUGAGGUGCCAUCUCGUCUUUCUGUUUCUGCUGCUGAUUGCUUGCUGUCAAUUACUGGAGCCUUAGCGAGGAGUAAUGAUGCUUCGGCAAACAGACCGAAGCCAUCGGCCACUAUUAAGGGGUCUCAUCAACCGGUUGCGUUGAUACCUAAUGUUAGUGAGAAGAAAAUAAAGCAGACUUCUCGACCUGAAGAUGCAGCCAGUGAGACAAAUUGUAUACUGUGGAACCACCUGGAGGAGCUUACGCGCCUUGUACAGAGUCUCUUUGCUUGGAACAGGAAAACUCGACUACUUCAUGCUAAGGGGUUAAACAAAGUGCUGAAAUGGUUAGAGGAGUUAAAAGAGCAUCAUGGUGGCUCUCAAAAGGAGGCAGUCACGGAGGUAUCUGCAGGUGGAGCUCUACUGCUCUCUUCUUGUUGGAAGCAUUACAGUGUCUUGCUCCACAUGGAAGAUCGGAAGUUCUCAAAGAUUAGCAAGGAAUUGUUGGAUCAGUAUAUGUCCGGUAUUAAGUAUUAUUCAGAAAGUUAUCCUCAGGGAAGUUCUGAAACCAAGACUGGUAGUAUAGAGACACAGAAGUUUUUCCUAAAUUGUCUAUGCCUUCUGUUGGGCCGCUUUGAGGGGAAAAAAUUCGAGACCAUACUAUCAGAGUUUGGAAUGAAGCUUGUGCCUUGCCUUCUACAUCAGCUUCGUAGUAACAAUGAAGAGAUAUCAGAAGGCGUUGUUGCUAUAUUUAAAGAAGUCAUCUCUAAGCUACAAUCUCAAUCCGGAGACGCAAUGUGCCUGGACGUUGUGAUACCAUCCUUGCUUCACCUUCUUGACGAGAGGGAUGGCGCGGCCAAAGCUGUUAGUGUCCUCCUGGCAGACUACUGUUCCAAAAAUGCAGAUAAUAGCUGUCUCAGUGAAGUUCUACAACGCCUUGUUUCAGGAACUACUGUCCAAAGGCUAAAUUCUGUGGAUGUGAUAUCAGAAGUAAUCCUCAUGUCAAAAGAUUCAUUUCCUUCUCAUAUCCCCUGGAAAGAGAUUGCAGACUGCUUAUUAAAGUGCCUUGGAGACGAGGAAACUUAUAUCCGUAAACAAACUUCAGAGUUGCUGAAAUCAAUGGAGCCAUCUUUCGUGCUACCAGAGUUGGUAACAUUAGUUUAUUCAACCAGUGGAAAUGUACAAUCGUCAGCUUCCGAAACUUUGCUUGGGGUCCUUAAACAUCACAAGGAGGAUUCAGAUGUUGUAUGUAUGUUGCUGACCUGUCUUAGUAAUACUCAAGCUUUGGACACUUCAGAAAGUCGUGGACAUCCCACGGAAGGUAUUCAGUUUCUACCUCAUUACCGUUGGCAUGCUUUACAUAAGUCUGAUGGUUCGACUUUUGACAGCGAUCGAGUGCUAAAGUUGAUUCCAGAGUGGGCUAGAUGUGUUCAAAACUGGGGCUCACUAAUUGGACCGUUGCUUGAUAAGAUGUUUUUGGAGCCAUCCAAUGCGAUCAUGGUUAGGUUUCUUAGUUGCAUCAGUGAACAUCUGGCAGAUGCAUCGGACAUGGUCCUUCUGCAUGUACUAUCACAUAUGAAGGAGCAAGACAAGAUGGAUGAAAACUUCAUAAAUAUGUCUAAAAGUUCAGUCGACAAAACUAAUGUUGAGAAAUCUCUAUUUGACCACCUCUGCCCCCUGCUUAUACUAAGGCUGCUUCCCCAAAGAGUAUUUGAUGAUAUUGAUUCAUCUACAAUCUAUGGUAGAUUUCUUAGAGAGGACUCUGUGAAUGAGUAUCGAGACAUCAAGUUUGAGGAUUGCCAAUGCAUCGCUGCCUUCCUGUUUGAAAGGGCAUUUUCUAAGUUCGAGUUUGAAGAAGUUCGGAAACUCGCUGCCGAGCUAUGUGGACGUAUUCACCCCCAGGUGUUAUUUCCAACUGUUUUGUUGCAACUUGAAAAAGCCACAGAGUUGCAAGACAGCCUCAAGAUUAGAGCUUGUCUGUUUUCUAUAUGCACAUCCCUUGUGGUUCGGGGAUGGGAGUCUUUCUCACACAGUGUGACACCUAAGGUCAGGAAAGUCCUGGAGAAGAUUUUGUUAUGGCCUUCUGAUGAGGACGAAAUUUCCAAAGUACAACACGGGUGCAUAGAUUGUCUAGCAUUGAUGAUAUGUGCUGAACUGCAACAUCCCGAAUCUUCAAAAACAAUGAAAGGAGAAAAAUUACGUGCGUCAAGUAGUUCCGUCUUAGAUUUCACGAUCCAUUGUUUGAUUGAAGAUAGAAGUGACUGCUCCUCUAUGCCAGAGCCGAAUACAGAACAUUCAAUUCGUGAAAAGCCAUUUCCUAUUCCAUUUCGUCUAUGCAUGGCAAACGUUCUUAUUAGUGCUUGUCAAAAAAUCCCUCAGUCUGCUAAGAAGACUUUUGCUCGAAAAGCUCUUCCACCUCUUGUUCAUUCCCUCAAGUUCAUAUCUGCGCCAGAGGUUCGAGCAGCUUGUAUCCAGGUCCUAUUCUCAGCCAUGUACCAUCUAAAGUCCACACUUCUCCCUUUUGCAUCUGAUCUACUGAAACUUGCUUUGAGAUUUCUUGAACAAGGAUCCGAAAAGGAGAAACUGGCUGGUGCUAAACUGAUGGCAUCACUCAUGGCGAGUGAAGACGUGGUACUGGAACGCAUAUCAGGAGGAUUGAUCGAAGCAAGAUCAGUUUUGUCAAAAGCAUCCUUGUCAGAUCCUUCUCAAGACGUACGUGAAGUCUGUGAUAAGUUAUUGGCAUGUAUAACCCCAUCGUAAUGUCUUUUUCUUCUGUUAAGAUCAGAUUCUAUGUAUUAUUAUAUUUUACUUUUUCUCGCUUUUUGUUUUGUCACAUGACGGACGAAGUUGGUAUGUAGAUAUGUGGUAUGUGUAGCAGGACAUGGGUCUAAUCUUUUCUUUGUAGGGCUUCUAAAUAUAAAAAAAAAUACAGACUAAAGUAAUUUGCUUUGUCA